AUGGCGUCAGGACCAGUCACUCACAGAGAAAGAGGAUUAUGGAUUGCUCUAGUGACUGUAAUUCUCAUUCUAUUCUGGUGCUCCAUCCCUCCACCAUUUAGCGGAGAACUUCUUGAAAAAUGGGCUCCUCGCACGGCAGACGAUGCUCAAGUUCUCUCUGAGACUGUAUUGCAAGGAACAUCACCCUCGUUACAUUGUAACAAUGCGCAAACGGCACAAACCCCAAUUCAGGCAGUCGAGACUCAGUCUAUUCAUCGUUCGCAUCGAAAUUUGCUCAAUAUGACGGCCAAACAGUUGGUUGAUGAUGCUGAUACCACUCAAUUGGCCUCAUGUCAAUGGAUCAACUCAGUGGAACUACAAGACUAUACCAAGGCAACAAUCGUGGCUAUGCCUGGAAACCACUUUGAUAUCUAUGUGAGAAAAGGUUCUGAUGACAUCGUAUCUGCUGCAAUCACGUCGCGCGGCCACUGGGAACUUCCAGAAGUACUCAAUAUGAUAGCAAAACUACGUGAUGUGCAAACUCGCUGGGCCCCCUUACAAAAAAAGCCCACUUUUCUGGAUAUCGGAGCGAAUGUUGGAUUCUUCUCUUUCUCGGCGGCAGCAUCCGGAUUCAAUGUCGUGGCGGUGGAAAUGAUGGCAUCCAACCAACUUUCGCUAUACAAGUCAAUCUGUAGAAACCCAACCUUCCCGCCAUUGAUGAGAGUGAUUCCUUAUGGUCUUGGUGAAGCGAAAGACAACAAUACUGGACGUUCAGAAUGUCUUGCAUACUCUCUUGAAACGAAUUCAAGGAAUGGAAUUGUGAAAUGUGGGAAUAAUGUGAAUGCUGCAGACAUUCCAAAAGGGUUUUCGCUCAUGGGAACUACAGUUAUUGUGCAAUUCGAUGAACUCGUGCCGGUCGUGCCUGAAUUAAGUCAAGUUGGAGUCGUCAAGCUUGAUACAGAAGGAUUUGAAGCGCAUGUCGUCAGGGGAGCUUAUAACUUUUUCAAGGAUGUGCGUCCGCCAUUUUUGAUGACGGAGACAUCUAAUUUUAUGGCCAUCAGAGCUGGAUCGCAACCAAGAGAAUUAUUAGACUUGCUGGACGAAUUGGACUAUGAAGUUCGAAACAGAAAUUGGGAUGGUCCAGUCGUAUCCAAGACUCCGCAAAGCGCGACAGCUCUACCAGGGUUUACGGGACAAAACUGGGAUGGCUUUGAAGAGUACUUGUUCAAUAUUGGACCAGGAGGGAUAGAAUACGGAGCCGACAUUGUCUUUUCACCUGAAAUCAUUGAUCUCAAGCUAAUUAAAUGUGAACGAAUUGUGGACCCGGUGACUGGAAUUAUCACGUUUGAAGACACGAAAAAGAAGGAGAUUGCUUUACGCAUUCAUCCUAGUGAGCGAGAUCGGUUGGUGGUGCAGCUAGGGUCAGCGUCACCGGAUACUGCUGUGAAGGCUGCUAGAAUGCUGGCUGACGAUGUCUCAGGCAUCGACCUCAAUUGUGGCUGCCCGAAGGCCUUUUCUUUGAAAGGUGGCAUGGGAGCAGCUCUCUUGUCGGAUCCUGAUCGACUGGUCUCGAUACUUACUGCAUUGGUGGAGACUGUGCGUCCUCUGCCCGUGACGUGUAAGAUACGAGUGUUUGACGAUGUGGAAGCUACCAUUAAUCUAGUCAAGAGAUUGGAAACGACGGGGAUAACGGCUUUGCAUGUACAUUGUCGAACUAAGAAGGAACCAUCAAGUCACCCUGGCCGAUGGAGUAUCUUCCCAGCUAUCGUGAAUGCUGUUUCCAUACCUGUUAUUGCUAAUGGCGAUGUGCUUUCACAAGAGCAUGCUGAGCGAGUCAUGGACACAACAGGAGUUGCAUCAGUCAUGAUGGCUCGUGCACCACAUCGCAACUUGUCAGUGUUUCAACGAGAUGGGACUCUACUACCUGCUCUAGUUGUGGCAGUGGAAUACUUGAGAAGGACUUUACGAUAUGAUUUUGGUGCACAUAAUGUCUCGUAUAUCAAGUAUACACUCUUGAAUGGAGACAUGUUUAACAGCAAGCAUCCUCUAUUCAAUUCAAUCUUUCAUGCUAAAACCUUACGUGAAAUAUGUCAAGCCUUUCAAAUUGAGGACGAGUUUGAUGCCAUGGCCAAAAGCGCGUAA